UACAACACCAAGCUCCCAACAGUGCAGCGGCGAUCCUAUGCGCCAUACUGGAACCUCAUCAAUUUCCAAGGAGUGAGCAGAGUUUGACCUCUGUCGGCACUUCUGAUCUCACUGUUCAUACGCAAACAACACCGGAAGAAAAUGUAAAUGUUUCAUAAGAACACGAUUUCUGGAAAACACAUCUCAUACCAUUUACAUGCUGACAAGUCACUUCGGAGUUCACCUCUAGGAAUAUUCCACACUGCGAUAUCAUGAAUGUGGAGGAGGAACACCAGUUUCGAAGAACGAUCGGCAGAUGGCGCUUCACUGCCGUCGUAUUUAUACUGAUUUCAUUGGUACUUUCAAUAUUCCUUGUUGCCAUGGCGAUAUUCACCCACAGGACGCCGACCACGGUCCCUAUGGAUGUUUGUGGUGACCCUGACACGAAAGAUAUUGACGUCACUGAAGCAGACGACCCCGGUAUCUUCGAUGAUCUUACUAGUAAAGAACUCGCCUCUAUUCAGAAGUACAUAUAUUCCGUGCAGGAACUCAACCUUUCGCAGCCCUCUGGGGCAGGACUGGCCAGGAGCGUCGUCCACUCAGUAGAGCUGCACAUUCCUAACAAAGAGUAUGUAUUACGAUAUUUAGACGAGAAUGCGGCCAAACCCGAAAGAGAAGCAUUAGUGCUUAUAUUCAGGGGAGAUAAAUCACCUCCAGUUGUCGAGGAAUAUAUCGUCGGAGCACUUCCCAUUCCAUCCUAUGUAGGACUUCGCGAUUCCCCGAACAGGCCAAAUCCGAUACCCUUCAGUCAGAGACCCAUGGGCAGCAAUGAAUACUCUGUCAUAUAUGGUCAAAUGUUUCCUAAACUCGGAUAUAAGCUGAAGAAGGUUUUAGAAGAGAGCUACGGGGCAGGGCUUCACUUUCCUGAAUGCGGUGAGAAGUGUCUCAGCUACUACCCUGUUCCUGUUGGGUCAGGAGUUGUAGGAGCAGACGACAGGAAGGUCUGGAUCGUCCUCGCGCACUUUGCAGAAUACUUUACACUCCAUCCUGUAGGACUGUCCUUCCUCAUCAACAUGUCGAAUCCAUUUGAAUAUCUUGUCGAACUUGUUGAUUACGGUGGCCAGAGAUUCCAUUCCAUUGACGAGUUCAUUUCAAAGUAUAAUUUAGGGGAGGUAACUAAACACAAAAAGCCUUUCCCGGACAUUACACGAGGCUCGUUUUCGACCCUCCAUAGACGAGGAGAACCGGUUCCUGAGUUGCCUAAGAGACCGCCAAAAUUCUACGAACCCGACGGCAAGAGGUACAGCAUCGCCCAUCGCCACGUGGAAUACAUGCAGUGGCAGUUUGAUUUCAGGAUGUCCCCUCAGUCGGGGUCUCAGUUGUACGACAUCCGGUUCCUUGACGAACGGAUUGCAUAUGAGAUAAGCCUGCAGGAGAUAGCCGUGUUUUAUUCCGGGAAUGCUGGUCACAGGUUUGCCGACUUCACGGACAGUGCGGAGGGAAUAGGUAGACACACUCACGCUCUGGUUCCUGGGGUCGACUGUCCGGAUACCAGUACCUUCGUGGAUGGAUACGUGUUGUCGGAGUCAACAAAGUCACCAAAAAGGCUUCCUCGGAUGUUUUGCAUCUUUGAAGAAAACACAGCUUUCCCUCUACAUCGUCAUCAGUCGUAUUACUCCUACGAUGGGCAGUUCUACCACGGGUUAGUGGACUCCGCUCUAGUCCUGCGAUCUGUGGCGGUUAUUGGUAACUAUGACUACAUAGUAGACUAUGUGUUUCAUCAAAAUGGCGCCCUGCACAUUAGAGCAGCAGCAACCGGUUAUAUUUUCACUUCAUUCUACACGCCUGCCGAGGAAGGUUACGGCUUUAGGCUUGAAGACUCUAUAUCUGGUAAUAUUCACCACCAUAUGAUUAACUUCAAGAUUGACCUUGACAUUCAUGGCACCAGUAACAGAUAUGAAACUCUGGACAUUCACGCGGUGGAGGUGUCCAAUGACGUCACAACCACAAACACCACCUACUGGCAGACCAAGUUUGAGAGGAAUUUGAAAGAAUCGGAGUUUGGAGCAGCUUUUCAAUAUGACUUCCAGGUACCGAAGUAUCACGUGAUUCACAGCGCUGGAGUGAAAACACGACAAGGAGAAAUAAGCGGAUACAGCCUUCACCUUCAGGGAAUGUCCUACCAACCUCUUCCAGAAAACAGUGGAAACGAGGCUACAGCCUCGUGGUCAAGGUAUCAACUUGCAGCAACCAAGUUCAAGGACUGGGAGAGAAUGAGCAGCUCCUGCUAUGGGAUGUUCGACUCGUUGGAUCCAGUUGUUAACUUUACCAAUUUCUUGGCCGACAACGAAAGCAUUGUGGAUGAGGAUCUGGUUUUAUGGGCAUCAGUUGGGAUCCACCACAUCCCCCACACAGAGGAUCUGCCGGUUACGCCCACAGUCGGCGGCCAUCUUGGAAUAUACUUGCUUCCUUUCAACUACUUUCAGGAGAGUCCAUCUAUGGCAUCACGUGACUCCGUCAGAUUAGAACUGAAGGAGAAAUUCAAUAUGGCGUCAGGUGUCAGCGUUGAAGGAUACAAGAGCGAGUCCACGUGCCUACCGAGAUUAACCGAUCUUGACGAAGAAUUUGGGGACAAUGCAGAGGAAGUGUUUGCUUGAUGGAAGUGCUGCGAAUAGUCAUGAUCACAACGUAGUUUUGAAGUGAACAUAAAGUUUGUUUGUGGAAGUAUACCUUUCUGUCUUAUACUUAUAUUACACGUGUGGUAGCUAAAUUGAUGAUAUAUUGCAGAAAUAAUCUUUAAUUCUUAACACACUCGGUCACUUAAACGUUUGUGACAAUCAAACUAUAUAUCCAGCUGAUAAUCAAGAAAACAGUUUAUAUCAGCAUACAGUAUGGGCUGUUUUUUCAAUCACGAGAGUCACGACCUUGGAUUUACACAUGAUGUGUGGCUUCAAGCAUGCUUAUGACGUGUUUGACGUUGAGGGGGAAUAAGUGCAUUCAGUUGUAAAGUAAAAUAGUACAUGUCGUUGUGCUCUCUGAUAAUGAUGUGCAACCAUUCUGCCACGGCACAUCCAAACAUGAUUUCAAACACCUCGUGCACAUCGUGCCCACGACUGCACGCCUCUGUCCGUUCAUCAUGAACAUGAGGUCCUAUAGGGGCCACCCAAUCAUUGUGUGCCAGGAUGUCAGUCUAUAUAUGUUGGAUAUGUUUUUGAUACCAUCAAAACGUGAUCCUCAGCAAACUGAGUAGUAUAGUCAUUGACAUUCUCAGCAGGAAACUGGAGUGGCUCACUUUUAUAAAAGGAUGUUUGUCUGUUGGACUGCGCAAUUCCUGACAAACAUAACAUAGCCGGAAAAUCAAAUGCAACUUAAAUUGCUCCAUAUGAAUUAAAACAUUUUACUGUAGAUGAUUAAUUAAUGAUCCCCAUAAUAAAUCAAUUUCUAUUCCCCCUGACAGUUAAUGCUAAAUAGUUUUUGCUUGAAUAACCACACUGUAACACAGUCUACCCCUCCUGUGCUAUUACGUAUUUGCUUCAUAGAUGGAGCCUGGAGCCUAGCUGGAGCCUCACACUUAGACAUGCAGGUUGCCGGAUAUAUCGUCGGACUAUAAGCUUUAUUAAAACAUAUAUUUAUCUGCACUUUAUUUGCAUGAAGUGAUUGGUAGAUUGUUGGGCGAAUAUAACUUAUAAAAAAAGACUAUUGUCCCUGUGAACAACGCAUAAAUAAGGAUAUUCAUUCUAGCAUUAUCAUCGUUCACCAAACCUUAUCCUGCCAUCUUCUAAUCUUGAUUAUUCAGAGUGUUUUACAAGUCUUUUAAUACUGAAAAUACGGCUUUCUAAUGUUAAAACAUGAGUUUUAACGUGGCCCAAACCCGCACUCUUAUGCCUCUGGCCGUCCACGUACAUAUAAUAAACAGAUAUGUUGACUUCCAUGUCAAGAAAUGUAUUGUUUCAUAGUGUAUACAUAUUGACUUCUGUUUGUUUGUCUGCCAAAAUUACAGUCCGUGAACAAAUCAGAUUGUAUAUAUAUAUAUAUAUUAGCUCAAUAUGGGUAAUCAAACGAAGGGACCCUGUAACGUCGAUACGAAGAAUAUGUGCUUGUUAUCGAUAAAAAGUGUCACGUAUUCA